CGUGCCACCUGUUGGAAUGCCUCCCGGUGCCCCUCCAUUCCUGCCACCUGGUGUUCCCGGCAUGAUGCCAGGUCAACCGCCAUUUCCACCGCCGUUCCCAAUGCCCGGCUUCCCUCCUGGGUGAGUACAUACGCGACUAUGCUGCCUUUAGCAUUACUGAUUUAUCAUGAUGUUAGUCCGCCCCCUCCUGGGUUCCCUCCAAUGCCGCCUUUUGCUCCGCCUGGAAUGGUACCAGCGGGGAUGCCGCCCGGUGUUCCUCCUCCAGGUGCUAUCAGGCCUCCGUUCCCUCCUGCUCCGACCUUUGUUCCUCAGCAGCAGGGAUCUGCUUCUCCAUACCCACCGCCGCCACCGACAAAUGGAUCCAUGACUUCAGUACCCUCAGCUAGUUCUAGUGUUCCAGUUACUCCGCCGCCACCUACACCGUCGUCUCAAGCUCCAUCUACUCCGCACAUGCCGGUGCUUCCCGUUCCUGCUCUCAAACAAGUACUACCGCCGUUUAAGAAAGAGACCGAUCUGAAGUUCCAAGACCCAAAUUUCUCACCUGUCAGUGCUUUUUCUAUGUUUCAACUAAUCCUGUUUGAUGACACCAUCAUGUACAGGAUGAGCUGCGCGCAUACAAUCCGAAGUACUACGUUGCUAAAUCUACUGAUAAAGCUCAGCAGGGCGAAGAGUCGAGGGGCAAAAAGAGGGCACGUGCUGAGGAUUUCUUGUGAUCAAUCGCUGAAGGAGGAUAUGAUGAAGAGGGAGACCAUUUGAUCAGUCCGUCCACCCCACCCACCACCGUUUGCUAUGGCUUGUUUCGAGACUCAUCUUUUCACUGGUCACAGAAGCGUCAGCAGUGGUACGAGGACUUUUUUGCCUUUCUGUUGUUUACUU